AGGAGGAGAGGGAGAGGGCGAGGAAGAAGGAUAGGGAGAGGGACAGGGAGGGGGACUGGGAGAGGGAAAGAGGCUAAUUAAAAGGGGCACACAGCGGAAAGGGAGUGAGAGCGGUGCACCGCCAAGAACCAACGUGCAGCGGCACUUGGAUCUCCCCUAGGCACCGGGAGGUCCCCAACCUGGGCUGGAACCUUGCUCUGCACAGGCCUGCUGGUGGAUCCCAUGUGAAAAGCAGGAAAUAAAAUGAAGAUUUUUCAGUGCAAGAUGCAGUACUGGCUGUUUCAAGCCUUUUUGGCAAUUGCUUAUUUUUGCACCGGUGUCCAGGGUCAAGUGCCUCCACCCACACGGUUAAGAUAUAGCGUAUUAUCUCAUGAUAGUAUACAGAUUUCAUGGAAGGCUCCAAGAGGGAAAUUUGGUGGAUACAAACUUCUUGUGACUCCAGCUACAGGUGGAAAAACCAAUCAACUGAAUCUCCAGAACACUGCAACUAAAGCAAUUAUUCAAGGUCUUAUGCCAGAUCAGAAUUACACAGUUCAACUUAUUGCAUUCCAUAAAGACAAAGAAAGCAAGCCAGCCCAGGGUCAAUUCAGAAUUAAAGAUUUAGAAAAAAGAAAGGAUCCAAAACCCAGAGUCAAGGUUGUGGACAGAGGAAAUGGAAGUAAACCAUCUUCACCAGAAGAAGAGAAAUUUUUCUGUCAAACUCCAGCUGUUGCUGAUAUUGUAAUCCUGGUUGAUGGCUCAUGGAGUAUUGGAAGAUUCAACUUCAGACUGGUUCGGCUUUUCUUGGAAAACCUGGUUACAGCAUUCGACGUGGGCUCAGAGAAGACACGAAUUGGUCUUGCACAGUAUAGUGGAGACCCCAGAAUAGAAUGGCACUUGAAUGCCUUUACCACAAAAGAUGAGGUGAUCGAAGCUGUCCGAAAUCUACCAUACAAGGGAGGAAAUACACUCACAGGUCUUGCUUUGAACUACAUUUUUGAAAAUAGCUUUAAACCAGAAGCAGGAGCAAGGUCUGGAGUAUCCAAAAUUGGCAUUUUAAUCACAGAUGGAAAGUCCCAAGAUGAUAUUAUUCCACCAUCCAGAAACCUUCGUGAGUCUGGUAUAGAACUGUUUGCCAUAGGGGUGAAAAAUGCGGAUGAGAAUGAACUGCAGGAGAUCGCCUCCGAACCAGACAGCACUCACGUGUACAACGUCGCCGAAUUUGACCUGAUGCACACAGUGGUGGAGAGCCUGACGAGGACUGUCUGCUCCAGGGUGGAAGAACAGGACAGGGAGAUCAAAGCAUCAGCCUUUGCCACCAUUGGGCCACCUACAGAGUUGAUUACUUCUGAAGUCACUGCCAGAAGCUUUAUGGUUAACUGGACUCAUGCCCCAGGAAAAGUGGAAAAAUACAGAAUUGUGUAUUAUCCUGCCAGGGGUGGAAAACCAGAAGAGGUGGUGGUAGAUGGGAGUGUAUCUUCCACAAUGUUGAAGAACUUGAUGUCUUUAACUGAGUAUCAGAUAGCAGUCUUCGCAAUAUAUGCCCACACCGCUAGUGAGGCCCUACGGGGAACUGAAACUACACUUUCUUUACCUAUAGCUUCCGACCUUGAACUGUAUGAUGUGACUGAGAAUAGUCUGAGGGCAAAAUGGAACGCAGUGGCUGGCGCAUCAGGAUACCUGAUCCUCUAUGCUCCUCUCACGGAGGGUCUGGCUAGCAAUGAAAAAGAGAUGAGAAUUGGAGACACCCACACAGAUAUUGAGUUGAGUGGGUUGUUGCCCAAUACGGAAUACACAGUUACAGUUUAUGCUAUGUUUGGAGAAGAGGCCAGUGAUCCCGUUACAGGACAAGAAACAACAUUGCCCUUAAGUCCACCAAGAAACCUGAGAAUCUCCAAUGUUGGCUCUAACAGUGCUCGGUUAGCCUGGGACCCUACUUCAAUAAAGAUCAGUGGCUAUCGAAUUGUAUAUAACAACGCAGAUGGGACUGAAAUCAAUGAGGUUGAAGUCGAUCCUAUUACUACAUUCCCUCUGAAAGGCUUGACGCCCCUCACGGAGUAUGCUGUUGCCAUCUUCUCCAUCUAUGAUGAAGGGCAGUCAGAACCUCUGACAGGAAUUUUCACCACGGAGGAUGUUCCAGUCCAGCAAUACUUGGAAAUUGAUGAGGUGACGACAGAUAGUUUUAGAGUGACCUGGCAUCCCCUUUCAGCUGAUGAAGGGCAACACAAGUUGAUGUGGAUUCCAGUCUAUGGUGGGAGGGCUGAAGAGAUUGUCCUGUUAGAAGACCAAGACUCAUAUGUUGUUGAAGGCCUGGAGUCUGGCACUGAAUAUGAAGUGUCACUGUUGGCGGUACUGGAUGAUGGAAGCGAGAGUGAAGUGGUGACUGCUGUUGGGACCACACUUGACAGUUUUUGGACAGAACCAGCCACGACUAUAGCACCUACCAGACCUGUGACUUCAGUUUUCCGGACAGGAAUCAGAAACCUGGUUGUAGAUGACGAAACCACUUCUAGCCUGCGGGUCAAAUGGGACAUUUCAGACAGCAGUGUGCAGCAGUUCAGGGUGACCUACCUGACUGUUCAAGGGGACCCUGCGGAAGAAGUGGUAGGAAUGGUUAUGGUGCCUGGAAGCCAGAACGAUCUCCUUCUGAAGAGCCUGCUUUCCAAUACUGAAUACAAAGUCACGGUGACUCCCAUUUACGAUGACGGAGAAGGUGUUAGUGUCUCUGCGCCUGGAAAAACCUUGCCACCCUCCAGUCCCCAAAACUUACAGGUCUCAGAAGAAUGGUACAACAGGUUGCGCAUUACAUGGGACCCCCCAUCUUCCCCUGUAAAGGGCUAUAGGAUCGUCUACAAACCUGUUAGUGUGGCUGGCCCAACACUGGAAACUUUUGUGGGCGCUAACAUUAAUACCAUUCUUAUCACGAACCUCCUCAGUGGAAUGGACUACAACGUGAAAAUAUUUGCCUCCCAGGCCUCAGGCUUCAGCGACGCUCUGACAGGCGUGGUGAAAACAUUGUUUUUGGGUGUGACCAAUCUUCAAGCAGAGCAGAUUCAAAUGACCAGCUUGUGUGCUCGGUGGCAGGUGCAGCGUCAUGCCACUGCCUACAGGGUAGUUAUAGAAUCCCUCCAGGAUACAAAAAAGCAAGAAGCCAUUGUGGGUGGAGGGACAACCAGGCAUUGCUUCUAUGGACUUCAGCCUGAUUCAGAAUAUAAAAUCAGUGUUUACACAAAGCUCCAGGAGAUUGAGGGACCCAGUGUGAGCAUAAUGGAAAACACACUAUGUAAAGCUGCCAAGGCAGACCUAGUGUUUAUGGUGGAUGGAUCCUGGAGCAUUGGAGAUGAAAAUUUCAAUAAGAUCAUUAACUUUCUGUCUAGCACUGUUGGAGCGCUGGACAAGAUUGGUGCAGAUGGGACUCAAGUAAGGCUAAUAGAUCAAUUUUUAAUUCAUUUUGUGUGUCAAAAAGUUAUCCCAAGCUAUUAUUAUGGCUGCUUGUCAGGGGACUUGGGCUACAGCAUUUUUGCCGUUGGUGUGGCUGAUGCAGAUUACUCAGAGUUGGUUAGCAUUGGCAGCAAGCCCAGCGCUCGUCACGUCUUCUUUGUGGAUGACUUUGACGCAUUUAAGAAAAUUGAAGAUGAGUUGAUUACUUUUGUCUGCGAAACCGCAUCAGCAAUCUUGUAUUUGCAUCCAGAAGGAUUGCCCUCUGAUUACACAAUCAGUUUUCUAUUCCGGAUUCUUCCCGACACUCCAGAGGAGCCAUUUGCUAUUUGGGAGAUUUUAAAUAAAAAUUCUGACCCAUUGGUUGGAGUCAUUUUAGAUAAUGGUGGGAAAACCCUAACAUAUUUCAACUAUGACUACAGUGGGGAUUUUCAAACGGCUACUUUUGAAGGACCUGAAGUUAAGAAAAUUUUCUAUGGAAGCUUUCACAAAGUGAGUAAUGCCUUAGAUACAUCAAAGAUCUGUUCACUGCAAAAUGAACCACAAGAAAAUGAGUUCCAGUUACAAAUGUUUGAUAUCAUUUGUUCCACAUCGUGGGCCAAUAGAGACAAGUGCUGUGAACUUCCAGGCCUGAGGGACGAGGACACCUGCCCAGAGCUUCCACAUUCCUGCUCCUGUUCUGAAAUCAGUAAAGGGGCUCUGGGACCAGCAGGCCCACCAGGUGGUCCAGGACUCCGAGGACCAAAGGGUCAACGAGGUGAACAGGGCCUCAAGGGACCAGAUGGCCCUCGAGGUGAAACAGGCCCUCCAGGACCUCAAGGUCCCCCGGGACCCCAAGGACCAAGUGGUCUGUCCAUUCAAGGAAUGCCUGGAAUGCCAGGCGAAAAAGGAGAGAAGGGAGAGACUGGCCUUCCUGGCCCGCAGGGUAUCCCGGGAGCUGUUGGUUCACCAGGACGUGAUGGUUCACCAGGCCAACGGGGCUUUCCUGGAAAGGACGGAUCAUCUGGCCCUCCAGGACCACCAGGGCCAAUUGGCAUUCCUGGAGCCCCUGGAGUCCCAGGGAUCACAGGAAGCAUGGGACCCCAAGGCGCCUUGGGACCACCUGGUGUCCCUGGAGCAAAGGGAGAGCGAGGAGAACGAGGUGACCUGCAGUCUCAAGCCAUGGUGAGAGCAGUGGCACGUCAGGUGUGUGAACAGCUCAUCCAAAGUCACAUGGCCAGUUUCACAGCCAUCCUCAACCAGAUUCCCAGCCACUCCUCUUCUAUCCGGACCAUCCAAGGGCCGCCUGGGGAGCCUGGGAGACCAGGCUCUCCUGGAACCCCUGGUGAACAAGGACCCCCAGGGACCCCAGGCUUCCCAGGAAGUGCAGGUGUGCCAGGGACCCCAGGAGAACGAGGUCUAACAGGUGUCAAGGGAGAAAAAGGAAAUCCAGGCAUUGGAACCCAAGGUCCAAGAGGCCCCCCUGGGCCAGCAGGACCUUCAGGGGAGAGUCGGCCAGGAAGCCCUGGGCCCCCUGGGUCUCCUGGACCAAGGGGCCCUCCAGGUCACUUGGGAGUGCCUGGACCACAAGGUCCUUCCGGCCAGCCUGGAUACUGCGACCCCUCUUCGUGUUCUGCCUACGGGGUGGGAGCUCCCCAUCCUGAUCAGCCGGAAUUCACCCCUGUCCAAGACGAGCUGGAAGCCUUGGAACUAUGGGGCUCGGGAAUCUGACAGCCUCAGGAGAAAUUUGAAGACCAACCGCAAAAACCUUUAGGGAAACUUAUGCAAGAAGAAUGUCAUUAUGUGGUUUGUAUGCUACCUUUGGGGGGCUUAUUUCAUCAGCCUAAAUCUCCUCCUUGGAUAUUGUUAAUAUUAUUGUUAUUAUUAACAAAAAAAUUAUAUUUUUUAAAAAUCCCCUUAAUCUAUGACCCCAUAGGAUUGAUUUCUCUUUGUUGUCUUAAUGGCAUGCCAGAUUAUUUUCUUUCCAGAGAAGAAUGCUCAAAGAAAAAUUGGCAAAAAAUUUGAACUCGGGAAUCUUUUGUGUGUUAUAUGAUCUCAAGUUCCAAAAUACAACAAGACAGAUAUGACUGUAUUCAAGGGACAUGGGGUCCUAGCAGAACAGGAAUUUAAAGAGAUUCAAAAUCAUGCCAUUUAUCCCUAUCCCCUAUAGCCUUGCUGAAGAGAAAAAGGGAUAUUAUUGGAGAAACUACCUCUUGUUUAAUUGAUCUAUUCAACUCUGAGAUCCCUUGUUAACUAGUUUGACCAGUAUCCAGGAAUAUGAGUUAGAAUAUAACCUUUCUGAAUUUAGUGAUUUUAAAAAUAGAUUUAGUUUUUCAGUGUUUUUCGACUGUUAAAAAAUGACUUUUCACCAGUUUUAAUGCAAAGAGAUCCAACUUUGAUGAACAAUUUAGCUAGCAGUAUUCCAAGGCUUGCCCUCCUUGUCUACAUGGAUUACUUUGUACAUGCAGAUAAGUUUUUGCAAACCUAUUUUCAUUCUCUUUUGUAAGCAAAUAAAAAUUUAAAACAACAUAUAUGGAUUCUUUUUAUUUCAUUUCUAAAUGUCACCUUAAACUUUUGUAGUCUUAUCUGAAUUUUAACGAUAAAAACAACAGUUGCCUUCCUUUAAAUAGGCAUUCAAACUUUCAUUCAUUCAGGCACUCAUUCAUUCAUUCAUACUGAGUGUAGUAGGAAGCAUAACAGAAGAAGCAGUUGACUUGGGCCUAAGAGACUGGUAGAAUUUUAUCAUUCAUUUAUAACUCACCAGACAGCAAUGGCAG